AUGCCCCGCUGGCUCGUCCGCGUCGUCGACCGGGCCGCGGACGCCGUCGACGCCGUGCUCGAGCCGCGCGACGACGCCGACUCGCCAUGGACCAUGCCCGACGAGGGCGAGCCGCACGCGCGCACCUGGAUGAGCUUUGGCGCGAGCAAGAAGAUCUGGGGGUCGCGCCUCUUGCCGCUCGUACAGCGCAACCUCAUCGCCAUCGCAAGCGCCAUCGCGCAGUUUGAGCCUGUCACGCUGCUGUGUCGGCCGGAAGACAUCCCCACCGCCCAGGGCUUGCUGGCGCCGAACCCAAACGGCAACAUCACGCUGCUUGCCGUCCCCGUCGACGACCUGUGGGUACGCGACUAUGGCUGCGUGUUCGUGCGCCGUGGGCGCGAGACGGCCGGCGUCGACUUCAACUUUAACGGCUGGGGCGAGAAGCAGGGGUGUAAUCGGGACGCGGGCGUCGCCAAGGCCAUGUGCGACACGGCCCGGGUCAACCACCUGACAACCGACAUCUGCCUCGAGGGCGGCGGUAUCGAGGUCGACGGGCGCGGCACGGCGAUCGUCACCGAGUCGUGCGUGCUCAACAAGAACCGGAACCCGAAGUGGACGAAGCAGGACAUCGAGGAGGAGCUGGGGUACCUCCUCGGCGUGCGCAAGGUCAUCUGGCUGCCAGGCAUCAAGGGCAAGGACAUUACGGACGGCCAUACGGAUUUCUACGCGCGCUUCGCGAGCCCCGGGGUCGUCGUCGCGGCGCUCGACAACGACCCCGAGAGCUUCGACUACAAGGUGACGCGGAAACACCUCGACAUCCUCCGCGGCGCGACCGACGCCAACGGGCAGCGGCUCAACGUCGUCACGCUCGCGGCGCCGACACAGGUCCGCCCGCAGUGGCGCCACGACGACGAGUUCAGCGCAGGCUACGUCAACUUCUAUGUGUGUAAUGGCGGCGUUGUCGCGCCGCAGUUUGGCGACGCCGCGGCCGACGAGGCCGCGCGCCAGACCCUCCAGCGCUUGUUCCCCACCCGCCGCGUCGUGCAGGUCGAGAUUGACGGCCUCGCUGCCGGCGGCGGGGGCAUCCACUGCGCUACGCAGCAGGAGAUUGUGCAUUAG